GGCGGCCGCGGCUCUGUCGGGCCCACCGGGACCCGCCCGGGACGCCGGGGGACAGGAGGGACACGCAGGGACCCGCGCCGCCCGGCCGGCCAGUCGCGGGCCGGCGCUGUGCGUGUCAGGGUCAGCGGACGCCCGUGUCGCUGUGUUCUGUGACCUGGGUCAGUGGGUCCAGUGGCGCCGUGAGUGCUGACCGGGUCAGGUCAGACCCCCGCGGCUGGGACGGGUCGCUGAACGGACGGUGUGUAUUUGUGAGGGUUCUGUUGGCUGCCCGGGGCUCCAUCGCUGGACGGUUCGGCCUCAGGCGCCGAGUGGGGCCGCUGCAGUGAGUGGUGAGCUGAGCUGAGAGCGACAGCGCCAGAGGCAUUCUGACGGACACUGGACCUUUGACACUUUGAACACUUUGACCGUCUAUUGAGCGGACAUUUAACCCUGUGCUGGAGAGACAUCCGAAGGAGUGAGUCGGGAGGAUCUUCUGCAGCAGCAGCUGCCGGGACCGGAGGAGCUUCCGUAACAGCGGUAGCGCCUACCAUCGACCACGGCGCCGGUUACGGGAGAGGACGUCAUGGCUCCUCACUUUGAGGACGACCUGCUGCCUAUGGACGGCGAUGACUCCCUCACGUACGAGGAGAAGCGCCGGACGGUGAAGCUGCUGGAGCGUCUGACGGCCAAGGCGCGUCUGGAGCUGGUCAGGGAGGGCAACCUCAUCGAGGCGCCCGUCAUGCAGGCCUCGGCGGAAGGUGUUCUGAUCUCUGAGGUGCUCGGCAUCUUCCUGUUCCUGUUCCUGCUGCUCGGCAUGGUGGUGUUCUUCCACAAGGAGACCAACUGCGGCUCGGACGCGCGCCACAGACUCUGCGAGAAGGCCCGCCGGAUGCUGCGCGCGCUGCGGCGCCGGCUGUGCCGCUUCGACCGCGAGUGGAACUGCGAGGAGGAGGGGUCCAGCAGCGACACCUCGCAGGCGGGCGUGUACCGGGACAUAUCCAGCGCCAAUGACGUCACGGGUCCGGCCGGGAAGCCGGAGCCGGUGCUGUUCGACCACCGCGAGGCGCUCCUGGAGCUGUUCGCGGACCUGGAACUGCACCGGGAGGCCGUGAGGGACAGCAUCCGCGGCUACAGCGCCGCCCUCUCGCGGCUGAACGACCCCGGCUCCGGACACCAGCUGCGCGGCAUCCUGCGCCAGGGCGGCGCGCCGGGCCACGGGGGAAAGCACCGGCACCACCACCACCACCGGCACCACCGGCGCACCAGAGCCGACGGCACCACCGCCGAGACGGAGCUGACCGCGGACGCCGCCGGACCGGGGGGCGAGGGACACGGCACGGGACAGGAACACGCUACUGAGACGGCGCCCGCACCGGUCCCCCAGAUACAGGUGGUCAUGUGUGACGUCACGCAGGGGACGGCCGAUGACGUCACAAGCGGUACCGGCGAAUCUGAGGGCCCCAGGAGUGAGGCCACGGAGAAACCUGCCGAGGUGAGCCAGGACCAGCGGGCGGAGGACGACGCUGCCCCGGAGAUCACGGUCUGUGAAGUUUCUGAAGAGGCUCCCGACAAGAGCUCUGACGUCAUAUAUGGAGCCGACACGACUUCUGAUGUCACAGGUAAAGCCCAGCUGAGCUCUGACGUCACAAGCGGACCUGACUCGAGUAUUGGCGUCACAAGUGAACCAGAACCAGAGCUGCAGUCGCCAGCCGAGACCACCGAGUCCUCUUCUACGGAGAUCGUCGCCACCGCACCGGACAGUGACAUUACUGCCUCACCGCCGGCCAGUGACGUCACCACCGCGCCAGCCGGUGACGUCACGACUGUGCCAGACAGUGACGUCAGCGCCACACCAAACAGUGACGUCACGACUGCACCGGCCAGUGUCGUCACCACCGCGUCAGGCAGUGACGUCAUUGCCUCACCACCGGACAGUGACGCUGCCAGUGACGCCACCGCCGAGGCCGACCCCUGCCCGGCGACCGAGGCGGGCGCCGACAGUGGGAGGGGCUCCCCCGGGGAGGACCCUGCCGAGACGGGAGGAGCCGCCGGUCCCCAGCAGCAGGAGGACGCGGCUCCGCUGACUGGAGGAGCCGCCGGUCCCCAGGAGCAGCAGGACGCGGCUCCGCUGACGGGAGGAGCCGCCGGUCCCCAGGAGCAGCAGGACGCGGCUCCGCUGACGGGAGGAGCCGCCGGUCCCCAGGAGCAGGAGGAGGCGGCUCCGCUGACGGGAGGAGCUGCCGGUCCCCAGGAGCAGGACGCGGCUCCGUCCCGGCAGGAAUCGGCUGCUGGCGGACCGGAGAGCGGAGACACGCCGACCGACCCGUCCCGGCCGGCCGAGGACGCCGCACGGGAUGGACGGGGCAACCAGGGACAGAGCGGGGUCCUCACAGUCGCGACCGACGCGGGGGUGUCCACGUGCUAGAGGUGCUCUCAUGUAAGGAUAACGGUGGGGAAUACGGAGCUACCGCAAUCUUGUAAAUAGAAAGUGCAUUAUUUUAAAAGCGAGAUCCACCAGUUUUCAGUCCGACAGCUGGGUUUAAUCACUCAUCCUCCUUAGAGUUCCGCCCAUCAACCUGCACCUGACCCGCCCUCCGAAACUGCAGAGUUUUACCCAAGCUUUGUAUGAAUGAGGUUGUAUGAGUGGGGCUCGCUUAGUGGUACGAGUGCGUUUCAUUAGGUACGUCCGCCUCCAACUGGGGCUAUUCAUUUCAGCGUAAUAUGUUCAUAUUUAUAUCAACUGACUGCGGCCUCAUCGAGAAUAUUCAAUGUCAAACUUGGUUAUAUAACUCACCGCUGUAACAGCUGACUGAUCUGAAAUACACGUUUAGCUAAU